AUGGCUAUGCAACUCGAUAUGUCCCAAGCCUCCGUUGUAAAGGAUGAGCAAGGGCGCCCUUUUAUCGUUGUUCGAGAUCAGGGAAAGAAGAAACGGCAGAGUGGGACUGAAGCGGUCAAAUCACAUAUUCUUGCGGCAAAGACAGUUGCGAACAUAGUGAAAACAUCCCUGGGCCCGCGUGGACUAGAUAAAAUUCUCAUUUCUCCCGAUGGAGAUAUCACCGUCACAAAUGACGGAGCUACCAUUCUCUCUCAGAUGGAGAUAUCAAACAAUGUUGCCAAGCUUCUGGUUGAGCUUUCAAAAUCCCAAGAUGACGAAAUUGGAGAUGGAACAACUGGAGUUGUGGUCCUGGCAGGCGCCCUUUUAGAGCAGGCUGCAGAUUUAAUUGACAAGGGAAUCCACCCUAUAAGAAUAGCUGAUGGUUACGAUGAAGCCUGCGAGGUUGCUGUUGCAGAGCUAGACCGCAUAUGUGACGAGAUAAAAUUCUCAAGGGAUGACCGGGAAAAUCUAAUGAAAGUUGCCAAAACUAGUUUGGGGAGCAAGAUAGUUUCGAAAGCACACGACCAUUUCGCAGAAAUGGCUGUAGACGCAGUCCUCUCCGUCGCAGAUUUGGAACGAAAAGAUGUUGACUUCGAACUUAUAAAAGUUGAUGGCAAAGUUGGCGGAUCCCUCGAGGACUCGCUCCUUGUUAAGGGUGUCAUUGUUGACAAGGACUUCUCCCACCCACAAAUGCCUGACGAAGUUAGGGAUGCCAAACUUGCCAUUCUCACGUGUGCAUUUGAACCUCCCAAACCCAAAACCAAGCAUAAACUUGACAUAACGAGUGUUGAGGAAUUCAAGAAGUUGCAAGCAUACGAGACAGAUAAAUUCACGGAAAUGAUCCAAAAACUCAAGGACACUGGUGCAAACCUUGUCAUAUGCCAGUGGGGCUUUGACGACGAAGCAAACCAUCUUCUUUUGCAGAACAACCUGCCUGCUGUCCGAUGGGUAGGUGGACCAGAAAUCGAAUUAAUCGCCAUCGCUACCAACGGAAGGAUUGUGCCUCGUUUUGAGGAUCUGAGCCCAGAGAAGCUAGGGACUGCCGGCAUUGUACGGGAAAUGAGCUUCGGAACAACCAGGGAGAAGAUGUUGAUAAUUGAAGAGUGUGCCAACACCCGUGCUGUAACGGUCUUUCUUCGUGGCAGCAACAAGAUGAUUGUGGACGAGGCCAAACGAUCUUUACACGAUGCUCUCUGCGUCGUGAGAAAUCUUGUACGCGAUAACCGUGUUGUGUACGGUGGCGGUGCCGCGGAAAUUGCUUGUUCUCUUGCUGUAGAGGAAGCUGCUGUCAAGAACCCUGGGCUUGUCCAAUAUGCCAUGCGUUCAUUCGCAGAUGCCUUAGACGCUGUCCCUAUGGCCCUGGCAGAAAAUUCUGGCCUCAGACCUAUCGAAACUCUGGCUGCCCUCAAAUCUCGCCAACUAAAAGAAAAUAAUUCCAAUCUCGGAGUUGAUUGCAUGAGUACGGGAAGCAACGACAUGAAACAACAUUUCGUUAUCGACCCUUUAAUUAGCAAACGCCAACAACUUCUCCUCGCAACUCAGCUUUGUCGUUUGGUUUUGAAAGUCAACAAUGUCAUUAUUGCUGGUGAUGAUGAACAGGAAUAUUAG